AUGUCGGCGUCCCAAGCGACAUCCCGCUUGGCCUCGCUAUUCAGCCACCUCUUCCCCGCAGCCGCAACCAGUCCCCCGGGCUCGAUUAACAACCUCAACAUCGAUGGCCGCCAGAACGGGACCAACGGCUGGUUCAAUUUCCACACUCUCUCACCGGCAUUCUUCCUGCCCCGUACUGCUGCUAUCGAGCCGCAGGCGACUGCAAUCUACCACAAGACCGCCAAUGGCAAGAUCCUGCGCCGGACCUAUGCCCAAUUCGCGGAUCGAGCAAGAGCCUUUGCAUACUAUUUGCUGAAGAAGAAGUAUCGGCGUGUCGGUAUUCUCUGCACCAACACCCCGGCUUUCCUGGAGGCAAUCUUUGGGAUCGGCGCAGCUGGAGCUGUUAACAUUGCUAUAAAUUAUCGGCUGAAGGCUGAUGACAUUACAUAUAUCUUCGAGCACUCAGAUGCAGACUCCAUCAUUGUGGAUGCCGAGUACGAGCACCUCCUCGACGAAUAUAGACUGAAGCACCCUCACAUCCCGAUCAUUGUCGACACCGACACCGAUGCUGACUCUGGACAAUUCGAUAAAGCCGUACUGGAGGGCUACGAAUAUGACAAAGAGUUGGGAUCCCACGGCUGGGCAGGCCUGUUUGCCCAGGCACCUGACGAACUGGCGGUCAAUGCCCUGGCAUAUACCUCAGGGACAACUUCCAGACCCAAGGGCGUCGAAUAUACCCAUCGAGGAUCAUACCUGGCUGCUCUAGGAAAUGUCAUUGAAGCAGGGCUCAACUUCCACGAUGGCCAACGAGCGAAAUAUCUGUGGACUUUGCCCAUGUUCCACGCUAUGGGUUGGACUUUCCCUUGGGCAAUCACAGCUGCCCGCGGAACUCACUACUGCUUGCGCAAGAUCGACUAUCCAGAGAUCUGGCGUCUCUUGAAGGAGGAAGGUAUCACACACUACUGCGCUGCCCCUACAGUCAAUACCCUGCUCUGCAACGACAGCAAUGCCGAGAAGAUGCCUCACAAGGUCCGCGUCGCGGUCGCAGCUUCGCCUCCAACGGCCCAUCUGUUCGAGCAGAUGACUUCUCUGAACCUCCACCCCGUUCAUGUCUACGGCCUGACUGAAACAUAUGGUCCCAUCACAAAGGGCUACAUUCUGCCCGAGUGGGACGACCUUCCCAAUCAAAAAGACAAAUUCGCGAAGAUGGCAAGGCAAGGACACGGCUUCAUUACGUCCCUGCCUUGCAGAGUCAUCAAACAGGAAGAGGGCGAGCGUGGUGAGAUCAUCAAUGUUGAGAAGGAUGGGAAGGAGAUUGGCGAGAUUUGCUUUGAUGGGAACAUUUGCUCAAGAGGUUACUACAAGGACGAGAAGGCCACGAGGAAGCUGUUCUUGGGUGGUGUGUGCCAUUCGGGCGACUUGGCUGUGUGGCACCCUGAUGGGGCCAUCCAGAUCCUCGAUCGAGCCAAGGACAUCAUCAUCUCUGGCGGGGAGAACAUCUCCUCAGUAGCACUGGAAUCAAUCCUCGUGACCCACCCAGAAGUACUCGAAUGCGCCAUCGUUGCCGUGAAGGACGAGAAAUGGGGCGAACGGCCCAAGGGCUACAUCACAGUCAAGAGCAACUCCAAGCUCGACAACGACACGAUGAUCCAAUGGUGUAAAGAUAAUCGCGCGAUCUCGAGAUUCAUGGUGCCUCGAGAGCUCGAGAUCAUCGAGGAGCUGCCGAAGACGAGCACGGGCAAGGUGAGGAAGAAUGUGCUGAGGGACUGGGAGAAGGGCGGGAAGCGCGAGCUUGGUCCGUGA